AUGACUCUGCAUCCCGGCACCUCCACGUUUCCCCUGAUACCGCCACCCUGUCCCCACACUACUCUCGGCCCAGCAACCCAGACGCCUUGGGGGCAGCCACCCCCAUGCCUCCUGAAUGCAGUGUUCCCACCAGGCAGCCAGCUCGUGCUACCUGCUGCUUUGCCAAGGAUGCCCAUGGUGGCAGGAGAUGGUGGAUCCGGCCCAAGUGAGGCUGCGAACUUCAGUGUCAUCAGCGCAGCUACAGCUGAUGGGAGGCCAGUGCAGCCCCCGCACUCUGAGCCUGUGCUCUUCAACCAGGCCCCUCUCAACUGGAGUGCCAUGGGGCGUCUCUGUGAGGCAACACAGCAUCCUACCACCCUGCUUCUGCCAGGCUCUUCAGUGCAGAAGCUGGUACAGCCUGUGCCAACAACUGUGCACACGCAGGCUGGCCAGGGGGGCUACUGCCCAGACCUCCAUCCUGUGGGUCCUCCACCAUCAGCCACCCAGCCUGCCCCCGUGAUGUUGUUUCCAGUACACCCUGGACCAGAGCCUCCUGGCGGGGACCCGCAGUGUGGCACCGCCGCCUCCCAGGCCAAGGCCUCACUCAAGGCCUCCCGCAACCCCACAAGCGUCUAUAUGAACUUCCGGCGCUGGCAGCGUUACAAGGCCCUGGCGCAGAGGCACUGUCCACAAAGCCCUGAUGCUGAAGCUCUGUCCUGCUUCCUCAUCCCCGUGCUGCGGACUCUGGCCCAGAGGAAGCCCACCAUGCCGCUGGAGGAGGGCCUGCAGUUUGCCAUGCGGGAAUGGCAACACAAGAGCAACUGGGACCGCGCGAUCUUCUAUGAGAUGGCAGAAAAAUUCAUGGAGUUUGAGGAAGAGGAGAUGCAGACUCAGAAGCGGACAUGGAUGCAGGGGAAACUGUGCAAGCUACCCCCAGGCCCACUGCCGCUGGUUCCACAAGGGCCCCCAGCCACAGUGGCGGUCCAGCAGCCAGGGUGUGGCCCCAGGAAUGCCAGCUCCAAGGCCCUGCCUGCCUGUACCCUGCCACAAAGAUACUGGCAGCCUCAGGGCAAGGUGCCCAAGGGGAUGCCCACUGAGACUGUGAUGGAGGACGUGGACAUCAAGGAUACACCAAUGCGGCCUGAUGGACCCACUGAAGAGGACAGCUUCUGGAGUCCUAGGGAGGAGGGGGACUAUCCAGACCCAGAACUGCUGAGCUACGUGGAGAAGCUCAUCUCUCAGGAGGACUUCAUUGCUGAGGUGGGCUGUGAAAUUCUGAGGUUUGUGGAGGCCAUCAUUCAGCCCCAAUUCCUGGAAGAACUGCUUUCCCCAGAGCCACAGCUGGACCUCGUGGCCCUAUCGAUGGAGCUGGAGCAGGAGGAAGGGCUGACCUCUGGCCAGGUGGUGCAGAAGACGUUUUGGCCUGUGACUGGGAAUGGGGCUGCGGGGGUAACCCCCAGUCAGGCUGCACCUGUAAGGCACCCCAGUCCUGAAUCCACAGCCUGCCCAGGUGCAGACAGGCAUGACCAAGGCCCACAAAGACGCAUCAGUUCUGAGACCUGCCAACAAAGGGCAUCGUCUCAGGAACCGCGGAGACACGUGGUCCCACCCAAGCCCCUCUCCAGACCUACCACUGCUGCUUCCUUCUCGGGGCAUCGGGAGUGCCUUUCACUAGGGACCACUAGGCCCACUUCUAUCCCACCAAGAAACAAGCCUGCCCCAAGAGGGCCAAAGGCUGCUUGGGGAUUCACAGUCGAAUCCUCUACUGAUGGCACCAGACCAGCAGUGGGCACGGCCACGGAAAAGGAUGAGGAGCUGCCCAGCCUGGACUUCUUCCUCGAUUCCCAGCGUCACCUGCUGCCUCUGGGUCUUGACCAGAGCCCUGCUGAGGCCCCAUCUUGCCUAGGACCACAGCAGCUCCAGAGAGUGUCCGAGUCCCUCCGCUACCAGGGAAGAGGCCAGACUUGUGCUGCCAGCACCACGGCCAAGUCGAAGAAGCGAGGUUUGCGGGGAAGCCCAGGCCCUGCCCCAAAGAAGACCUGCUCAGGGCCUGGACGCAGAGCCACUGAGGGGCAGGCCCUGGCUCUGGGGUUUGUGGCACAAGCCCAGGCUCAGAAGAGAACCCACGGCCCCUUGGUCACCAGGAGGAGGAAGAAGCAGCAUCGAGGCCAGGAGGGCAGGCGGGCUCUCGGGAGCCGGCCCAUACGUGCAGCCUGA